UUGAUUCGACUCGCCAGUGACCGCCUCAGUCUCGCGUCAGGACUCGAAAGUCGCGGAGGACAAGACGAGAGCCGCCACGAACCAGCGUAUCAUCAGCCAACACGUAGCAAACACUCUCGGGGCUCGAACCCUCGACACUAUCGAUCAGCGAGAGCAACAGAGACCGGGAAAGAGAGAGAUAGAGAAUUCCGUGGAAAACAGAUAUAUACGCCCCCGCUGUGCCGUGUUCCGCCGCCGGUUUAUUUUCACAAAAUUCUGCCGUCAAUAGCCGAAGUCGGGAUUGUGUAUUUUGUGUGCUCUGGUGAUCAUUCUUCUUCGAUCGCUCUAUUCGCGGUUUGAUUGACGGUAGCCAGGAUACGAGACGCAUGACAGUCCCAGCGGAGGACCGAUGCUGCCGGUCAAUAAUAGUCCUCCAUCGAUGACGUCCGGGCCUGGCCAGGAUUACACUUAGAGGAUUAGCGCACCGAGGAGAUCGCGGUCCCAGCAACCUCGACAGGAUUAAUCGGGAUCUCGAGGCAUCUAGCUGAAGUGACGGGACAGCAGGCGGCGGCGGUCUGGUGAACGUGAACGCUCUGGGAACGAUGCAGAACAACGCGGACAGCACGUUGGACGUGACGAUCACGCCGAGCACGGUCCUAUCCACGCCAGGGCUGAACAACCCUGCGUGGAACAGGCAGCAGGCAGUCAGCGUCAGGCAUGCGUUCAAGACCUACGGCAGCAGCAAGAACCCCAAUCAUGUGAUACAGAACCUGAGCAUGACCGUGGCCAAAGGGUCCAUUUAUGGACUGCUCGGCGCCAGCGGAUGCGGCAAAACCACUCUUCUCUCGUGCAUCGUCGGCCGAAGGCGAUUGAACUCCGGCGAGAUCUGGGUCCUUGGUGGCAAGCCGGGAACAAAGGGGUCCGGGGUCCCUGGAAAGAGGGUCGGCUACAUGCCGCAGGAGAUAGCCCUGUACGGGGAGUUCACGAUCCGCGAGACCAUGAUGUAUUUCGGCUGGAUAUUCGGCAUGUGCACCGCCGAGAUCGUCGACAGGCUGCGAUUUCUGCUGCAGUUUCUCGACCUUCCCUCGCAGAAUCGACUGGUCAAGAACCUCAGCGGUGGCCAGCAACGAAGAGUGUCCUUCGCCGUGGCCCUGAUGCACGAUCCAGAACUCUUGAUCCUGGACGAGCCGACGGUCGGCGUCGAUCCGUUGCUGCGACAGAGCAUCUGGAACCACCUGGUCCAAAUCACCAAAGAUGGCAACAAAACCGUCAUUAUCACGACCCACUACAUCGAGGAGGCCCGGCAGGCGCACACGAUUGGCUUGAUGAGGAGCGGGAGGCUGCUGGCCGAAGAGUCGCCCAGGGCUCUGCUGCAGAUGUACAACUGCCAGUCUCUGGAAGAAGUUUUCCUGAAGUUGUCGAGGAAGCAGGGACAGUACGUCCAGCCGGCGACGGAGUUGAAUAUCUCGAACAAUAUUAGUCUGCAGGCAUCCCUGAACUGGGGGAAGAAGAACGAGCCGGUCUACGUGACGGAGGAAUCUGGCGUGGUGGGCCUGAACUUCCACCAGAGCAAGGAGGUCCUCAUCCACGACUCGACGAAUGGCGUGGGAAACCACUACGACCUGAACGGGAAACCACUGUCUGGCAUCAAAGGAUCCACGUUAGAAUGCGACGACUGCGGACCGUUCACGGACUGCUACAAGAUCACCAGCACGGGAAAGAUGAGAGCUCUGUUGCAGAAGAACUUCUUGAGAAUGUGGAGAAACGUGGGAGUGAUGCUCUUCAUCUUCGCACUGCCAGUGAUGCAAGUGAUCCUCUUCUGCCUGGCGAUCGGCAGGGAUCCAACGGGGCUGAAGCUCGCGAUCGUCAACCACGAGAUGUUCUACAACAACAUGUCCUGCCCAGUGACGGAUGAUUGCACCUUCUCGCAUCUCAGUUGUCGAUACUUGAAGUUCUUGGACAACGAGACGAUGACCAAGGUGUAUUAUCCGGACCCGAAUUCGGCGAUGGAUGCUGUGCGGAAAGGGGACGCCUGGGGCACGUUGUACUUCACCGAGAACUUCACGGACGCCCUGGUAGCCAGGAUGGCCUUGGGCAGAGAAGCCGACGACGAGACCUUGGAUCAGAGCGAGAUCAGGGUCUGGCUCGACAUGUCCAAUCAGCAAAUAGGCCUGAUGCUAGCCAGGAACCUGCAGUACUCGUACAGAGACUUUGCCAAAGACCUUUUGUCAGCGUGCGAACAGAACACGAAGCUGGCAGACGUGCCGAUCCAGUUCAUGGAUCCGAUCUACGGCACCAACGAGCCCAGUUUCACUGAUUUCGUGGCGCCUGGAGUGAUCCUGACCAUCGUCUUCUUCUUGGCCGUGGCCUUGACGUCCUCGGUGCUCAUCAUCGAGAGAAUGGAGGGCCUCCUGGACAGAAGUUGGGUGGCAGGCGUCACUCCGGGCGAGAUCCUCUUCUCCCACGUGAUCACGCAGUUCGUGGUGAUGUGCGGGCAGACUGCUCUGGUCUUGAUCUUCAUGAUCCUGGUGUUUGGUGUCGAGUGCAAGGGCGAGAUCGGCUGGGUGAUCGUGUUGACGAUAUUACAGGGACUCUGCGGCAUGUGUUUCGGCUUCGUGAUCUCGGCGAUCUGCGAGCUCGAGCGGAAUGCGAUCCAGCUGGCGCUGGGCAGCUUCUACCCCACGCUUCUGCUAAGCGGCGUGAUCUGGCCAGUGGAAGGAAUGCCGACGUUCCUGCGGUACAUCUCGCAGGGUCUGCCGCUGACAAUGGCCACGACGUCGUUGCGCUCGAUGCUGACAAGGGGCUGGAGCAUCGUGGAGCCGGACGUGUACAACGGCUUCAUCGCGACCGUGAUCUGGAUCGUGGUGUUCCUCACGAUAAGCAUAAUGGUGCUGAAGUUCAAGCGGGGCUAGAGGAUCUCGGAACGGGAACGAAGCGUGGCACGGUGACCGCGGCUGGUGGAUCAGCCGCGAACGAAACAGAGAGAAGGCUAAGAGAACAGCAGAGUUCGGUGUCGACCUUGGACUAUCAACCACGGCCGUGUACGCAGAGUGUAUCGUGCUGGGAAGCUGCGAGCACAGGACACGCGCAUAGAAUUAUCGCGCGGCUUCCUCGCGAGACGAUCUCGUCAGCGUCGCCGUUCGUGCGCGGACCCCCGGACAUGUGAUGAUGCCCCUUUGCGCGCUUAAUUGUGCACUUUCGCGUGAAUGCCGACGGAUGAAUGAUCGCGCAGUGUGAGACCAUCUCUCUCUCUUUCCUCGUCUUUGGUUCUUUCUGUUCUCUUUGUGUUGUUCUUUUUUUUUGUUUAGUUAAAAAUCUGUAAUAUAACCGCGGAUCCUCGGGGACAGGUUGCACCGUGGCUUUCUCACCGUUUCUCGAGAGCCGUGCGCGUCGUCUUCGUCGUCGUCAGCCUUUCGAAUCGACGAUUAGAAAAGCUGCGCGUUCGGUUCUCUCCGCGAGAGAGCCACCGCGCCUCGACGAACUGCGUCUCGAUCGUCAUCGAUUUUGGAAACGAGAAAGACUUUUGUGUUUGGUGAAAUCGAUCGAGCGGCUCUCUCGUGGAGGGACACGGUCGUGGAUCCAGCAAGAAUUGGAAGAUUCGAGGAAUACGGGGAAACGGACGCCGAGCUGCUUCAAUCGUCACGUUUGUUCGAUUCGAGCACGAUUAUUCGACACCGAACGAUUACGAGUUUAAGAUGCGAGCACCUCGUCGCAACGUUUUUUAAGCAAUGAGAAUCCGCGAAACAAUUGUUUUCCGGAAUUAUAUAAGGCUCGAGAUCUUGUACCGAGAGACGGGCGCGCGCGCGAGAACGAUUCGCGAAGCGUGAAAGCGCGACGACUGGUACGGCGACAGGUGAAUAGGUCCCGGGACGCGAAUAGAAUCGCGAUUAGUAUGUUGCGUCAAGCUAACGAGAGUAGCAGCCGAUUAGAUGUGUAGCACAGUCUUACUUGCCCAUGACUUUAGGCGCACGCUAAUUGAAUCGCGGCGCCUAACACCGAUUUCGCGCGGAGGAUCGGCCCCGGCUCCAAGGACACGGACAUGUACCAUAUUGUAGAAUAUGAAAAAAAAGAAGAAUCAUAGCGGUUACGUUUUGUACGGUAACGGCGGGUCGUGCCCGUCGCAUUAUGUCUUUUUAGUUGAAUUACGUUUCUGUUUCGUCCGCGAGGGCGAAUAAGGAAGACCGGAUACGGUGUGUACAUUUCUAUUUUCCUUACGAUAAUUAUCUGUAUAAAAAACAAUAAAACAACAAGAAAAAAGGUUUUACAAAAA